AUGGGAGGCUUGGAGGAGACGGCAGCUCUGUUCAUCAUGUGUGGUAAGAUAAAGGCAACGGUGCAGAAACACAUGCAGAGCCAGAGGCGCAGCAAGGAGGAGCUGAACAGGCUUAACCAGGCCAUCCGGAGGCUGACUGUGGAGCCCUGCGAACCAGGCAAGGACCCAGUAGCUCUGCAGGAGGAGGGUGCCUCAGGCAGCGCCAAGGGCAAGGUGGCCUGGCUGGAGGCCGCCCUGCAGCGGGCCAAGCAGGACAUGGUGCAGCAGCUGCGGGAGUACCAGGAGCUCAUGAUUGCCAAGCUGGGCCUGGAUUUUGAGAUCGCCACCUACCGCAAGCUGCUGGAGGGCGAGGAGAGCCGGCUUGGUCUGGGAUUUGGAGCAGGGAGCAUCAGCGGCGCGGGCAAAUUUGGGGAGAAGCGUUUCCUCCUCCGACAGCCGCUCUCCGCUCAGCCCUGGGCAGCGCUCCCCACUGCGGGCCGGGCUCCGCCGCGGACCCCGCGGGCCUGCUGCCGCCUGGAGCGGGCCCGGCGCCCUGGAGACGAGCGCCCCUGGCGGCGGCUGCGCGCUCUGCGGCUCCCCCGGCUGUGUCGGGGGCUUCAGCAGCAGAGGCUGCCGCGGAUGCUGAACCUUUCCUCAUCUGCUCCGGAGAAGUAA